AUGGAUUCCGAUUCGUUGGAUUGGAUAUGGGGGGAUUUUAAUAACUCGCCUAAUCUUGCCGAGUUUAUUGAAGAAGUUGAAGACGAAAACUACCUAUUGUUUGAUAGUAAUGACGACGAUAAAUCAGACUCUAGUUCCGAAUCAAGUUUCAAUAAUGAUUGUUCGUUGUUAAUCGGAGAUAAGAGAACAGCACUAGAACUGAAUGAAAUAGUUAACGAUUUCAAGAAUCAAUAUGACAAAACGUUGUCCGAAUUAGAUUCGACGACUGAUGGUGAACUCGAAGACGGCAAUCACAAAUCUGUCGAUCUACUUUACAGCGAUGCUCUGGAAGCAAUUAAAACUAACUUGUCGAAUGUUGAACUAGAAUGGCGUAAUACAUUGUAUGAAUAUACUGUCAACGAGAAAAAUGUACCAGAAUCUUACACAAAAACUACAAGUAUAGAAAAGCUGAUAAUUUUGUACGCCAACAAUUUUGUUGAACAAUUUAAAAUAAAAUAUCCGAAUAGAAGACAGUUGGUUUUAAUACUCCUAAAUGAAUGCGGUGUACAGAAAUGUGUUUGCACUACAAUCAAACCAUCUCGAUUAGUCUACCCCAAUUUGAGAGAUUUGAUCAGUUACAGUGAGUUUGUUGCCAAGCACAUAACAUAUAUCAAGUUAGAAGAUCCUGUGACUGUGCCUAACAAAAUCAUGUCUCCCACAACAACAAUAGAAAUGCAAACUGCUAAUUGUUUUGAAAUGGCGAUACUGUUGGUAUCUUUUUUAAUUGGUUGUGAGUGCAAUGCUUUUGUUGUUUAUGGUUAUGCCACAGAAAUCGUGUGCAAUAAUGAUCUAAAAAAAGUCAAGAUAGACCUAGAAGAAUAUGAUCCACAAAAGUCAGAUUCCAAAAAUAUUUCGGAAGAUUUAGAUGACGCGAAUUCUUUAGAACCUACGAAUGAUUUGUGCAGCGAAUAUGUUAAGUUUCUUCUAGAAGAACAACAAAAUAAAACCGUGAUGAAAGAUGAAGUUAAAGAGAUCGACUUUAAUGAUUCUUCUGAUUCAUUAUUUGGGAAACGAGUGCAUGCUUGGGUCAUAAUUAUUCCAUUACAAAUCGAGGACGAAAAUAUAAACGAGGUUCCAUAUUUUAUUGAACCUAGUACGGGUGAGCGGAAAGAAAUCUCUGAUGAGAAUUAUACUGGAAUAGAAGCUGUUUGGAAUCAUAGAAAUUAUUGGGUUAAUUUACAGUCAUCGGGCGUAGGUUGUACGCAGUAUAAUUUUACUUUGACGAAUACAAAGUGUUGGGAAAAUUUUUUACCAGAUAAACCUCAAAGUUUACGAGGCGAGACAUUAGAUUUAAAGCAUAAUGAAAAUACAACAUUUAAACAACUUGUGAUGCCCAACUCGUGGGUCAACGUUUUAGAAGUUCCUAGGAACAAAUAUCAUAUGCUAUAUCCAAGCGGUAAAAAAGUUGUAACAUAUAUGAAUGCGAUCAAAGAGUUUUAUGCUGAUUACAUCAUGCCGGAUGGAUUAAUUGAAAAAAACACAUUUUUUACUGAUUCCGAAUAUGUUAAUAAAACAUUUGUUACAGAAAUAUACAAACAUAGAAUAGACAAGUUGAUCAGCGUUGAGACAAAAUAUACCACUAAAGAAAAUGAAACUGUAGAAUAUUUUAGAAGCGGCAGGGAUGACUUUUUAAAUUCACAUACGUUUUAUGGGGCUUGUAACAAUAUAAAGACCAAGCGUUUUGUUACGUUUUUUAAUCUGAGACUUGAUUCAAUGGCUGAAUUAAACAUCGAUGAAAACAGUUUUACAACUACGUUUAACGAUAGAUCAGAUUUAUUAUUCUGCCGCAAGUGUAUAUUUCAAAAAACAGAAAAAAACGAUUGCCACAAUUUAAACGUCAAGAGGAAACCUACGAGUAUCGUUGAAAAAUAUUUAAGAGAUGAAUCAAAACAUAAAGAUCAAGAUAUUGCCACCAUAAGUUUUAAUCUUGAAUCUAAUAGUAUUUAUGUUCAAUAUCAAUAUGGUGAAGGACAGAUAACGCAAUCAAGUAGACUAUUUCAAAAGCCCACUAUGACAAGAAAUGAAGAGUUUGAUACUAAAUCUGUUAUUGAAGAUAUUGUUUAUCCAUAUGAGGGACAUUUAAACACCCACGAAGCGUAUAUCAUGUUACAAGAUAUGAUUGAAGCCGAAAAGGAAGCACUUCGUAACGUAUCGAAACUAGAGGAUGAUAUUAUAAAAAUGAUAGAGAUCCGAUGUCGAGAACGAAUAGUGUUUAAGUUAAAGAUCGAUUCAUUGGAUUGGGACAGAAAUCAUGGGAUCAGAAAAUUACUCCAAAACGAAAAAGAUAAAAAGCUCGCGCUUUCUAAACGAGAUAAAGCAAAACAAAUAGAUAACUCUUUGCCAUACCAUGUGAUAAUUAAAAGAUUAUUUACACAAGAUAAGAUUGCUUUAAACGUUCGUGAAAAAAUCAUUCAAAACUUUACACAAAAUACCAAAAAACGGUUUAUACGAACUAAAAAAUUAUUUAUAACGAAACAAUUUAAGUUACAAUCCAUGGUGAAGGCUCUAGAAACUGACCGGUUUAAAGAAGUUGAACUCAAGAAUAAAACGUUAUUAUUGUGUUCGUUGUUGAAAAACGAACUUAACGUAUUGGCGUUGAGAAUGGAAAGAUACAAUGAAACUCGUAUUGAUAGAUACAAUAUCUUGGCAUCAUACUUAAAUAGCUAUCCUGAUUUUAAAACUUUAUCACCUUUAAAAUUAUAUUUUUAA